AAUUGGAUUCGUUCAAAGCUCUGGUCGGUGCUUUGCUCCUCUUCUCUGUUCGAUAGCCAGCUAGCGCAGUUCGUUCCGUGAAAGUGUCCGCCAUAGGAAAUAAGUUGGUCAUAAAUUAGUGCUACUUCGAGGGUGAAAUUCUCCGACAACUUGCUCCGAUCUCUUUUUCGUAACAAACAAACCAACACACACAAACAAUGGCCGAGAAACCGAAGCGUCCUCUGUCCGCGUACAUGCUGUGGCUGAACUCUGCCCGCGAGGGAAUCAAGAAGGAGAACCCCGGCAUCAAGGUGACCGAGAUCGCCAAGAAGGGUGGUGAGCUAUGGAGAGGCAUGAAGGACAAGACCGAGUGGGAGAACAAGGCCGCCAAGAUGAAGGACGAGUACAACAAGGCCGUCCAGGAGUUUGAGCGAAACGGUGGCAGCAAGGACGCCGGCAAGGGCAAGAAGCCCGCCAAGGCCGCCAAGAAGGCGCCCAAGAAGAGCAAAAAGAAGGACUCGGACGAUGACGACGAUGAGUCCGGAGAGGAGAGCGACUGAACUAAUUAACCCUUAAGAAAAAGUAUGUUGUGUGCGAGAGAGCGAUACAAAAAAAUAACAUGUAGGUACGCGGGAGGGAACAAUGGGUAAAAAGUCGAGCAGCGGCGGCAGGAGAAGCUAAGAGAAGAGAGAAAAAAAACCUUACAAAAAGCCAGAAAAAAAUAACAAAAAAAGAUUAUUUUUAAUUUAUUGUAUAAAUGUUCGGGGCCUUACUUCUCGAGAGCAGCAGCAAAAUCAUCCACAAAAAGAAACUUUGAACUCGAUAGACAAAAACAAACAACUCAAACACACACUCACACACGAAGUUUUUAGGCAGAAUAGAAAGAGAGAGGGAGCGAAGAAAAAGCAGUGUUUGAGUGCGCGCCCGGCCGGCCGGCGUGUGUUGUCGUGAGGGAGGAAAAAUAACGCAAAAUUAUUUUUUUCGAACCACCGAAACGAGCGAACGAGCGGCUGACGCGGCCCAAAAUCCACACACGAUCUUGGUUUUCUUUUUCCCCUUCGUCACAUCUGACUUAAGAAUACAUUCGAAUACAUUUGACUUUAAACAACAACAAAAAGUACGUAGAAAAUAGAGGCACCAACUCCGGACGUUUUCUUUAUCUCUUUUUACCCUAUUUUCACCACUGAAAAGUUACAAAAAAAAACACACACACACUCACACACAUCUCCCCCCCUUUAUUUUUUAAGGAAGGCCAUGUAAUAUUAACGCAAAGAAGAAAAAGUAAGAGAAAAAAUUUUAAAAGCAAAAAAAAUACAAAAAAUCAACACCUACCUUUAAGUUGAUUGCGGAAAUGUGUACGGCGCGGAGUGAAAACAAAAAAAAA